GCAGUUUUGACGAAAUAAAAGUUUGUUUUAAACUUCGAUAAUAAAUUUUUGCAAAUAUCCUACAACACAAAUUUACUACGUCUCUUAAAAUAAUGAUGUAAAAUUCGUUGUCGACCAUUCCGUGGCGACGCUGGCGUUCGCCAAUGGGGCGAGUUGGAAAUUCCCCACGGAACAUAACCUAGACAAUAGCGCCUUUCGCGUUGUUAUUAAGACAUUUUUAUCUUAAUCCUCAUAAAUAUUGUUAAGAUGGGAUAAUUUCAAUUGCAGGCAGCUAUAGGAGUCGUCGGAACAAACCAAAAAAUGAACGACAUUAAAGAGGAUUCCAGGUUCAAGAGCUACCUGGACGAGUCCGAGCUCGAAAGUAUAACCCUAGAUGACGCCCAGCGGACCAAAUUCCUCGACGGCGAGACCAUGGUCUGUGAGGCUCAAAAAGUGUUUAUGUACACCCCGAUGACGGAACACAUCCACAAGGUGUGCGGUGUUUUGACGGUAACGACAUUUAAGUUGUCGUUCGCGUCCGCGGAAGACACGGAGCAGCCGAACUGCUGUCAGCAGAACUGCCUGUUGGGCGUCAACGACCUGUGUCUGUCUUCCAUAGAUGUUAUUUACCAAAUAGGCGAUAGAACGAAAAAACGACUUGUACCUGGACAGAGUGUGAGCGGCAAAGUUAAAGAAUUGUUAAUAGUUUGUAAGAACAUGAAGUAUUUGGAGUUUAGCUUUAAGAGCAGCGACAAGGAUAGCGGCAAGAACAUCGCCAAUUCCCUGUUACAUCACGCAUACCCCAAGAGGCACCAGCUGCUGUUCGCGUAUGAAUACAAUGAACCUUAUGUGAGUACCAACCUUGGGAAAGAGGUGCGGCUGUUUUAUUCGAAACUCGACUGGGAGAAGGAACUGCGGCGCACCAACUGUCAAAACUGGCGCGUUUCGCACGUGAACUACAACUACCAGGUGUCACCGCUGCUCGUCGAGACUCUAAUCGUGCCUCAGUCGGUAACAGAUACCAUCAUCAAGGACGCGGUCGAAAAGUUCCGCAACCGGUUCUGUCCAGUGUGGGUCUGGGGAACGGCAUCGGGUGCCGCCCUCGUCCGCAUGGCCGAUAUCCUGCCGACGAUAUCGGACCGCACCGAGGAGAACAAAUUGCUGGAGCACAUCCGCAAGAGUCAUCCGGAACGGAAGCAACCCCACAUAGUCGACUUAUCUUCCCCCACCCCGAAGGAGAUAAACUCGAGUUAUCUCCGGCUGAGGGAGCUGUGCACGCCCGAUAGUCCGCGCACGUUCAAAAGUCAAGACUUCAAGUUUUACGGCCUGCUGGAUUCGACCAGGUGGCUCACGCACGUGUCGACCUGUCUGACGAGGGCGGUGGAGGCGGCAGAGCAGCUCCAAGACCACGGUUGUACAGUCGUGCUUCAAGAGGGAAACGGUCAGGACUUGAAUUGCGUGGUCUCGAGUCUGACGCAGAUCAUCCUCGAUCCCUACUUUCGGACAAAAUCAGGCUUCCAAUCACUUAUACAAAAAGACUGGGUCGUGCUGGGUCACCCGUUCACCAAUAGGUUAGGACAUAUAUUGAGUAAGGAGAUCGAGCAGUCGCCCAUAUUCCUGCUGUUCCUCGACUGCGUGUGGCAACUGACGCGGCAGUUCCCGACUGCGUUUCAAGUGAGCGAGACGUACCUGACGACGGUGUGGGACUCCGCCCACGUCUCCGUCUUCGACACGUUCCUUUUCAAUUGCCAGCAUCAGCGGGUGAUGGCCAGCCUCGGCAAUGGGAACGCCCACCCGCCGCUCGUUCUGCGCAGCGUGUGGGAUUGGCGCGAGCAGUUCGCCGAUCGCGACAUCGCGCUGUUCUGCAACCCGCUAUACGAUGACAGCUUCGCGGGGCCACUCAAUCCCUCGACUGGCCUCUCCGGCUUAGACGUGUGGGACCAGUGCUACUUCAGGUGGUUGUCGGAGUUGGAAAUCCCGCGGGGAGGCCGACCUCAAAUCGACCUUUACUCGAGGUACCUCGUGUCGGAGAUUUUCCAACACUACGCGGCGGCCGGCGACGUCAACGGUACGACGAGGGCCAGGCCGACGACGGGCGACGACGACUACUACCUCGAGCUCCUGAAAAAGGCCAACGGGUUUUUUCCCUUCGGCCGCGGCGGCGCCACCAUCAACGACGUGCUGCUUAGCGGCGACGCGUUGGACUCGCAAUCCAUACUUAACCUCAAUAACGAGUGACGGACAAAGGA